AUGGGAGGCUGCGCUUCUGCAAAAUCUAUCCAAAAAAAAUAUUCUAUUUCCUCAAAGAGGACUUCUUCUUCCCUGGACAAUGUUCCAGGCUUGAUGAGAUUGGAAAUCGCCUGUAUGGAAUUUGAGCACUAAUUAAAGGCUGAAAUUGAAACAUUAUAAAAAGUCUUUGAAACAAAUAAAAAAACUAUCAAUGACAUUAUUGAAAAAGGUCAAUCUUCCGAUAGCACCAAAAUGCAAGGUUCUUCACUCAAAUUGAUUAAUUCGAUGAACCAAAUUAAGAUAUAUGAAAUGCUGCUUGAGUGCUGUAGCGGAAUAGAGGAAGAAACCCACAAUCUUUUGAACAAGAAUGUUACUGACUAAGUCAAAAGCUACAUAUGCAAUAUCAUAUGGAGUGCAUCUAAGUUAAAAAAUGUUACCUGCAUCCAAGAGUUCAGGUAGCUUUUGGAACCUUACGUUAACUUAUCCAAAACUGACCUCAGCUAUUCCAUCGAUCCCGAAUUAAGAGGAUUAUUUUCAAAGCUCUCAGAAUCAUGA